GAGGGGCGUGGCGCCAAGGCUGAUGGUGUGGCCGGAGGGGCGCUUAAUCCGGUUCGCGAGCGGUGGCGAGACACGGGGUGGGAUCGUGGCGGCUGUGCGGUCGAAGGUCGCGGUCGUCCCCUGAGAAUCGCCGCCGCCGCCGCCGCUGCUGUUGCUGGAGAUGGCCGAGGCGGAGGAACUCCCGGCGACGGGGGCGCCCCCUCCUCCGCGCUGCUUCACUUGGGACGAGAUCCAGCCCCGUUCAGGCCGAGCCCCGGAGCGGUGGCUGGUGAUCGAUCGGAAGGUCUACGAUAUCAGCCAGUUCCACAAGAGGCACCCGGGGGGAUCCCGCGUGAUCAGCCACUAUGCCGGGCAGGACGCCACGGAUCCCUUCACGGCAUUCCAUAUUGACAAGACCUUGGUGAGAAAAUUCAUGAAGCCCUUGCUGAUUGGGGAACUUGCUGCUGACCAGCCCAGUUUCGAACCCUGGAAAAAUAAGCAGCUCACAGAGGAUUUCCGUGAGCUUCGUGCAACUGUGGAGAAGAUGGGACUCCUGGAACCCAACUAUAUUUUCUUCUUCCUGUAUCUUGCACACAUCUUGGUGCUGGAUGUGGCUGCAUGGCUCAACAUGUGGUACUUCGGGUGCUCUUUGGUGCCUUUCCUCCUCUCUGGGUUGCUGCUGGGCACCGUCCAGGCCCAGGCAGGUUGGCUGCAGCAUGAUUUUGGACACCUGUCGGUCUUUGGCAGCUCUAAAUGGAACCACUGGGUUCACAAAUUUGUGAUUGGUCAUCUGAAGGGAGCACCAGCCAGCUGGUGGAAUCACUGGCACUUCCAGCACCAUGCUAAACCCAACUGCUUCCGCAAGGACCCUGAUCUCAACAUGCAUCCGUUGCUUUUCGCCUUGGGAAAGAAGCUCUCUGUGGAGCUUGGUAUAAAGAAGAAGAAGUUCAUGCCUUACAACCACCAGCACAAAUACUUCUUUAUCCUUGGACCACCAGCUCUGGUACCUUUCUACCUCCAGUGGUAUGUCUUCUAUUUUGCUGUCCAGCGCAAACAGUGGACGGAUCUGGCCUGGAUGGUGAGCUUCUAUAUCCGGUUCUUUCUGACUUUCUCAUUUUUGUUGGAUCUGAAGAGCCUCCUCGGGCUUUUCCUGAUAGUCAGAAUCAUAGAGAGCCACUGGUUUGUGUGGGUGACUCAAAUGAACCACAUCCCAAUGAAUAUUGAUUAUGAUCAGAAUGUCGACUGGGUUUCAACUCAGCUCCAGGCAACAUGCAAUGUAGACCAGUCCUUUUUCAAUGACUGGUUCAGUGGACAUCUCAAUUUCCAAAUAGAGCACCACCUCUUCCCCACCAUGCCUCGGCACAACUACUGGAAAGCUGCCCCCUUGGUGAAGUCCCUGUGUGCAAAAUAUGGCAUCGAGUACCAGUCGAAGCCUCUGCUGACAGCCUUUGCUGACAUCGUACACUCUCUGAAGGAUUCAGGGGAGCUCUGGCUUGACGCAUAUCUGAAUAAAUAAGCAAGCAAUAUUUCCGCGGAGGGCAUGAAGAGGACUCCCCACCCUCGCAGCCUCCAUCAAGUCAAGAGAGUCUUGGGCCCGGCUUAAUGGGGGAGGUGGGCAGCUGUGUGAACUGAAUUCUAGGUGUGUUGUUUCAAAGUAUUGAUUUUCUCCCUCUUUGCUGAUGCAACUCCCCUUCUUCCUUUCUUCUUGUGGGGAAGAUACUGAUGUGUUUCUGAAAACCUUAAGUGUACUAGGGUGAAAAUCUCCAAAGCCAGAAAAUGAUGCCACGAACCACUUCUCUGCUGCCAUUUCACUUACUUUGAAUGUAGAAAGUAACUCUGUGUGAAAGUAACCUCUAAGACUUUGUGGCCUUGGCCUCCUGCUUUCCUUGCUCCUUCCUAGAGUGAGAAGAAUUAAGGAUGUGGAGAUUGAAUUGAGGCAGAGAUGAAAUGGAAGAGAAGAAACACAGGUGCUAAGAAUUAAUGCUCCCGGGUGAGGUGAUUGGACUGGGGCCUCCAUGGCUUGACUUCUGGGGAUAUGAGACAAAGGAAGGACCGCAGAAGAUGACGCAAGCUGCAUUGCUGUGUGAACAACCACGAGAAGAGCCGAAUUCCUACAUGGGUGUGAAUUCAAGGGCAGUCCUAGGGUAGGGCCAGUUGUUCUUAACUGUGGGGUAAAAAACAAACACAGCUUUGAUAACCUUUUCUUGCUCAAGAGUUAUUGAUGCUCCUGACUGUAGGUCUCACACGGGAAAAUUAAAAUGUCCGGUACUUA